AUGAAACAAAGUACUUAAUCUAUUCUCAAGUUACGCCCCUACAAGAAAGUGCCUCAAGAUAAAAAAAAGCAACUAGUUGAACUGGUAUUUUAGAAAGAUUGGAAAAUUAAAAAGCAAUAGGCUUCACUCUACCUCCAUAUCAAUUACGCUACUGCUAAGAACGUCGUUCUGAAAUAUAGAAAGUUUUCCAUUCAAAAAAAAACCUCAAAGCUUCCAGAAUCCAAGAGAUGCUAGUACAAACUAAUUGGAUUAUCCAAAUCAAGAAUCUAAGUUAUAAGUAGUAAGGGAGGAAUACAAUAAGGGGAUGUAUGA